AUGUCGUCUCACACUGGCAAUGUCUUGUUUUUAACGAACAGUGAACUAGGUCAGUGCAAUGUGGCCCUCGCAGUGGCCGAGGAAUUCUUGCGACGCGGAGAUUUCAAUGUACAUUUUGCCUCAUUCAGUGCGGCAGCACCGCUGGUACAGGAGUUGAACUCGCGUGUGGUCGACACUGAUCGAUCAGCGGAGUUCCAUGAAAUCUUUGGUCCUAGUAUGACUGAUCUUGCUGUCCGGAGUAUGGUUGGCCUUCUCUAUCACCCACCGGGAAUCAAAGGUGCUACAGAGGGCUUUAACAAAGUCCGCAAUGCAAUGUCCAACUGGAAGCCCACCGAAUAUGCACGAGCUUACCGAAGCUGUCUUGAAAUACUCGAGAAAGUGGGCCCGUCCGUGGUUGUUAUAGAUCCAAUUUUGCACGUUGGUCUGGAUGCGUGUGAGAAAAGCACUGCUCGACAGGUUAUUCUUUGGCCAGUGCCCAUUAAGGAUGUGGUGGUUUUGAAUCAACCAAAGGCUGGUGUUUUGUGGAAGUAUCCGGUAACAGGAUCAGGCUACCCAUUCCCACUACCCUGGAACUUGGUUCUUUCCAACAUCUAUUUGGUUGCUCGGGUCGGAUUGGCCCUGGCCUGCGCAAAAUCAGUCAGCGAUAAACAAGACCCCGAAAAGGCGCAAGAGGAGCGGAGCCCAUUCCCUUUGAGAAACGCCUAUUCCAAAGAUACGUUAAACCUCACGCCGGCAUUCCCCGAGAUGGAUUUCCCAUUCCGCGUUCCAAACAACGUCAUCAGCUGCGGGCCGAUUGUCCGAUUGUGCCAGCCACUUGCAGUAGUAGACCCAGAGCUGCACGAAUGGCUCCAGAAGCCAACAGUCUUGAUCAGCCUGGGGUCGCACGUCAAACCUUGCGAGGAAGUUGCCGUACAAAUGGCGAAGGCAAUCAGAAAGAUGCUCUACGAGUAUCCGGACAUGCAAGUCCUGUGGAAGCUACGAUAUAACUGGGAAACAUCACGCACAUUCCAAAACGUUCUCGGCUCACACAUCACUGCCGGUUCAGUACUUGUGACUCCUUGGAUCCAGCCGGACAUCAUGUCGGUUCUGGAAACCGGUCAGAUUGUCGCCUAUGUUCAUCAUGGUGGAGCAAAUUCUUAUUUCGAGGCUUGCAAAGUCGGUGUCCCCCAAGUUGUCCUACCCCAAUGGCUCGACACCUACGACUGUGCGACACGAGUCGAGUGGCUAGGAAUAGGAAUCAACGGAAGCCGAACCUCAGCGCCAGGCAUCGAGGCCACAGAAUUCGCCCAAGCCUUGAUUCAAAUCCUCCGCGACGCAAAUAUGCGUGUGAAAGCCAACGCCAUGAAGAAUCUCUGCAGCAAGACUGAGGGGCGAGUGAUGGCCUAUGAUCAGAUUAUUGAUUUUUGUUCGAUGGAAUGA